AAAGCUGGGGCCCCCCUUUUGUCUUCCCGUCUCCCGCAGCGCGCUCUAUCGAAUGUCGGCUGUGGGAAGCUUGGUGCAGUCUUGGCGAUGGACUGGGUCCGAGGAUCGGUGACUGGCGAGGCCUCGAUCCCGCUGUGCCCGCACAGUGACGGAUCCCAACGUUGUGGCGGGAGCGAAUCUUGGCACAGCGCAGCUAUUAUAAUUGGUCGCGCGCCCUACGAGCGUGCGAGCUGUCUGCGCCUGGGCAAGGAGUCCAGUGGUAGUCAAUUCCGCUCGAUCGAGAGGAGGCUGGGUACAGUUUCACUGGGAAUGCAAUUGCGCCCUGUGCCGCCUCUGCAGUGACGACUCCGAUUGAAUACUAACCUCUUGUCGCAGCAACAGAACCAUCAUUAUCAACCGUAUUCUGUAUUCUGCGGACGACUCGUUGCGUCGCUUUUGGGGAGCCGUCCACAACGGCUCCCACGACGGCAUUUGAAGAGCCGAGGCAACCCAUGCACAAAUUCGUGAAGCCCAGAUGGCAAGGGGCCUGCGAGCUGGGAGGAUGAGGAUGGUGGCGAUGCUGAUCAUGAUGGUUCCGAUGAUCACGAUGACGACGACGACGACGUCUUCCACGGCUGUGCUCUUGCGUCCUCCUGCCCUCGGAUCGGCUCGCGCCCUGCAUGCCGGACACCCUGAUGGCCUGUUGGGCCUCUCGGGCGACCGCGCGCCCUCCCCCGCAGUCCAGGGUGGGCGCCCGACCUCGCGCUUGCUCAGCGGGCAGCGCCUGCCUUCAAAGCGCCCUGCGGCCCCGGGGGUGCCCGCCGCUGGGCGGCAACGUGCCCUGCACCCCGAGGGCCCUGGCACAAACGAAGCGGCGCCGAGCACGCGGAAGGCGGAGAUUUGGCGCUGCGGCUUGAUUGGAUUGGUAUAGGUGCCCUGCCCGCCUCCGCUGAGUCUCCCGGCCUCCCCCGCCGCCCGGCUUCGGGCUUGCGGCGACUCUCAGAGCAGGGAUACAAAUGUAUUUAUUUGUGUGUCCCUGGGCCCCACCGACGCCGGGCUAGGAAGGUUUCCGUGCCUCGAACCCACGGACCGCAGCUCCGCCGCAGGCGUGGUGUACGUUUUGAAGCAGGUCGCCACGCUUGUGGAGAGAGUAUAUGCGCAGGCUCGCUCUCUUGGCUGUUGACAGCCUAACUUUUUGUGCUCUUGCGCCGUCUCUAUCGGCACCGAACAGCGGGGGGCGGCGCGGAGUGUCAGCCGCUCGGGCGACAUUUGAAGCAGCGGGGCGCGGUGGAGAUGGACGGAUGAUAGGAGGAGCAACAGCACUUGCUGGCUAAGCGUGCUGGCCGCAUCCCCGCGCCCCGGGGCUCUCGCCUGGGCCUCUCCCGCUCCUGGGGGGGCGGCUUUGUAGUGGCGGAGGCCCGCCGGGGGCGACGGGCGCCUCGGGCCCGUGCCGCGUCCGGCGCGCCGAUCUGGCCGCCAAGGACAAGAGCAGACGUGCGAGGAGGAGGAGGAAAGAGGGGAGGAAUAAAAACAGUCAAUGGGGAUAAGCGCGGCCUGGAUCCAUUGAUCCCCCCAGAACCUCUCAUAGUUCUUUGAACGUCCGAAUGAGCGAACGGCGGCUUCCUACCGUUAGCUUUUAUCUCGGCCAGUGCCUAAGAGCACGCCAGCUUCCUGAAGGAACCGCGAUUUUUGACUGUUUCAAGUGCUUUCGUCUUCGCUUUGCCGGGAGGUCGCUGUCAUCCCCAUCCUCGGCCCUCCUCCUUCGGCCCAUCCUUGACCGCCUUCGCCGGCCGCGCCCCGCUCGCCCAGCGCCGACACGGCCUUCUCAGGCCCUGGCAUCAUCAUCGUGCGUCCGUGUGAUACCGGUCGACUACCACGGGCGGCGGACGUGUCCAUGUCCGAGCCAUCGCGGUCCGGAUUCCAGGGUGCGAGCCCGCGGGUGCGCGAUCGCACGGAGACGCUCCGCGCGGGGCACCCGCGAAGAGACGGCCCGUGCCUGCGGGGGCGCGGCCCAGGGGCCUGGCCCGCGAGGCGGAGGAGACCAUGGCUCAGGAG